AUGCCUCAACUUCCAAUUGUAGGCAUAAUGCCCAUAUUUUGGGGACUUGGGGCGAACUUUGAUGUGGACCAACAUCUUCGUCUCCCUUUCAUUGGUGCAAUCUGGAGGCAGGCCACUCAGCUCCAGUUGGGACUCUUCCCUGACAGUGCUGCGCUCAUCCCGGAAUACAUUGGCUGGACUCACUCUGAGAUGCAAUCUGUGCAGCGGCUCUUUGAGGUUGCAGGCAACAAGUCUGCUGAUCAAAUCGGAAUCCUCUUCACAUCUCAAACGCACCCAGAACUGGCGCCUGUGAAGAAACUCUGGAAGGAUGCUUGGAAGAAAAUGUCAUAUCCAUACAAUCCCGACCUCCACUCCAGGCUCCUGGAACUCCGAACUCCGACUUCCGGAGCCCUACUUCCCUUCCAUCACUUUCUCCUUGCCGACUCCCAAGAGGUUAUCCCACCUCCGGCUCGGACACCACCUUCGGUCCGACUCCGGGACAUUCCGGGUCCGACCCCAACCUUGACACCUUCCAGACGAGUAUGCAAAACCUAUGCUCCUGACUCCAGACCUCCACUCCAGAAUCCCGUUCGCGUCUCCGUCUCUGGUCUUAGCUCCGACCUCGGACUUUGA